GGGGCCCGAAGGAAAUAUCCGUUUGUUCCAUCCAAAAGGCGAGGAGCUCCUGCAGAAAUGGCCUAGAGCUGAGAUGACUGAUCUCCAACAGCCAUAACUGUCUUCUGAAGUGCAUCAUUCUCCAUACCCAGAGAAUAUUCAACAAUUGAGAAUUGAAUCAAAGGCGAGACAGAGCCUCCAGUGCAGAAGCUUCCAAAAUCACACUGCAUCUUCUCGAACUGCUGCGGGCAGUGUGGUGAAGCUGCUCUGAGAUUGCUGUUUGGGUGUUAGGAAGAUCUGCAGUGAGGAGAGUUAAAACCGAGCAUCACUUCAGGAUCUGACAGAGUCGCCCAGUUUGUUGCAGCCUAAAUAUCAUUGGAUUUUGAACAUGGAAGAAAAGAGCACUGUUCACAGUGGGGAGAAACCGUACACGUGUUGUACGUGUGGACAAGGCUUCAGCAGGUCAUCUGCCCUAUCACAACAUAAAUACAGUCACACUGGGGAGAGGCCAUUCAUCUGUUCCGAGUGUGGGAAAGGAUUCACUCGAUCGUCCACCCUGUUGAAACACCAUCAAGUUCACACAGAGGACAGACCUUUUAAAUGCCCUGAAUGUGGAAAGUGCUAUAAAAGAUCUGAGGCCCUGAAGUUGCACCAACGUGUUCACACUGAUGAGAGACCUUUCACUUGCUCUCACUGUGGAGCUGGGUUCAAGCAGGCAUGUGACCUCAUUAAUCACCAGCGGAUUCACACUGGGGAGAGACCAUUCAUCUGCUCAGAAUGCGGGAAAACAUUUGCACGGAAAUCCAUCCUGUUGAGUCACCAGCAUGUCCACACAGAAGAGAGACCUUAUAAAUGCCCAGACUGUGGAAAGUGUUACAAAAGGUCUGGGGACCUGAUGUUGCAUCAACGUAUUCACACUGAUGAAAGACCGUUCAGGUGCUCUCACUGUGGGACUGGGUUUAGGCGAUCAUUCCAACUUGCUGUACACCAGCGAUCUCACACUGGGGAGACACCAUUCACCUGCACUGAGUGUGGGAAGGGAUUCGCUGUAAUAUCCAGCCUGCAGAAACACCAGCAACUUCACACAGAGGAGAGACCUUUUAAAUGCCCAGAUUGCGGGAAGUGCUUUAAAAGAUCUGGGAACUUGGUGUCCCAUCAACGUGUUCAUACUGACGAGAGACCAUUCAGGUGCUCUCACUGUGGGUCUAGGUUCAAGUGGUCAACGCAACUCACUGUACACCAGCGAUCGCACACAGGGGAGAGGCCAUACACCUGCUCUGACUGUGGGAAGGGAUUUGGUAUGAAAUCUGAGCUGCAGCAUCACCAGCGAUCUCACACUGGGGAGAUACCAUUCAUGUGCACAUGGGAUUCACUGUGAAAUCUAAACUGCUGUGUCAUCAGUGAGUUUGUGAGCAAGGGACUGACUGGUUUUUACUCUGAAUGUAUCCCUGCUUCAUCAUGUCCUUCCUUCACUGCUGGAAGACCUAAUGAACAAUACUCUUGACCGUCUCUGAGAAACAACAGUGUAUUUUUAGAUAGCCAUGCAGCAGAGAAGCUUGUAGCUCUAUAAAAUUCAGUUAAUUUAUGAAGUACUUCAACGAUUAACAAGCUUUUAACUGCUAGAGAUAUCUCAAUCAAUAUUUUUCACCACUCUGGGUUCUGCAACUCACCCCAAACAUUAUUACCCAUCAGAGUUCACAACUUGCUAGGUUGGAACUCUUCUUUAACCCUUCCCAAUGCCUCCUGACAUGGGGUACCUCUGGCAAAGAUAUUCUUCAAAGUUCUGUUGAAAAUCAAGGAUUUUCCUGGCCUGCUUUAUGCACUGGUCUCUGUGUCAAACAGUGUGGUGCUGGAAAAGCACAGCAGUCAGGCAGCAUCAGAGGGGCAGGAGAAUUGACGUUUCGAGCGAACGUCCUUGAUCAGAAAUCUUCAUCAGGACUUAUGCUCGAAACAUCGAUUCUCCAGCUCCUCAAAUGUUGCCUGACCGGCUGUGCUUUUCCAGCAACACGCUCUUUGACUCUGAUCUCCAGCAUCUGCAGUCCUUACAUUCUAUUGGUCUCUGUGCCAAUUGUAUGCCUUUUUUGUAAUUAUCCAUGCAUGUGAGCAAUCCUGAAUGUUUUGUCCCUAUUUGAUACAGUUGGCAGUUACUGAUUUUCUGCAAUCUUAGCUCUUAGCAGAGCUGAAUCACUCGGUGUAAUUCUACUCACAGCCCAUUGUAUCAGUUCCUGUUAUCUUCAGCUUUAUCCAAUAUCUUCCUCCCUUUUAAUUCAAAGGUUUAUCUGAGGAUCAUCCCUACUGGGUUUUUGUCGUUCAGGGUACCUGCAGACAGUGGUGAGCAUUACCUUCUUGCAGUGAUGUAUUCUCAGCAUAACGUUACUUUAUUUCAGUUAUUUGAAAUCCAUUUAGAUCAUUGCAUUUACUAAAACUACAGUCAUAAGUGUAAGCAGUUACAAAUCAGUUUACAAUAUCUUACUCACUUCCCUUUUUUGCACAAAAUAUGUUAUUAUAAGCUUUCAACAUCUUGCAUAUCAGUACAAAUGAACAAAUAGUGAGGAAUGCCACUAACUAGCCACAUCUAUAUUAUUCCUACCCGAUAGUCAGCAAUCAUGAGUUAUCUUUUAGUGUCUGAGAUCAAUCCCUGUUGUCAAUCCCUUCCAUUUCUUAAUUUUCAGUUUUUUUUUGUAUAGAAUCCCUACAGUCAGGAAACAGGUUCUUCAGCCCAACAAGUCCACACCGACCCUCCAAAUAGUAACCCACCCAGACUUAUUCCCCUACCCUAUAUUUAUCCCUGAUGCACGCACCUAACCUUAGCAUCCCUGAACACUAUGGGCAAUUUAGCAUAACCAAUCCACCUAACCUGCACGCGAUUGACUAUGGGAGGAAACUGGAGCACCCGGUGGAAAUCUAUGCAGACACUAGGAGAAUGUGCAAACUCCACACAGCCAGUCGCCCAAGGCGGGAAUCGAAGCCUGCUCCCUGCCGCUGUGAGGCAGCAGUGCUAACCACUGAGCCACUAUGCUGCCCCAACGUUUUGUUUGUUAAAACAAUUGCAACAAUAGGUAUUGUAUAACAAUUACGGGAGAAAAAUCACAUGAAAUGCAAUUCUGAUCCACGGAUAGACUUGAAUAUUCAGUUCCUCAUUCCAGGUUUUCCACGAGAAACAUGGAGCCUGCAAGUCAGUGCCUACGCCUUCUGUGUCAGCUUUAAUCUUCUUUCGUGCAUUGCCCAUUAAUGGAUAACUUCUUUGUCUCGAAAAUUGUCUUCAAUCUGCAGUGAAGUGUGGAAUAAUGGAAGUCCAGGGGGUACAAACUGCCAUAAAUUUUCAGCUACAUCACUUGGGUGGACAGAUAGAGCUAUAUACAGUUUCUCAUCGGGUUCUGGCUUAAACAGAAUUUUGUGGCUACCAGUUAAGUCAGACUGUUGGAUAAGUAUUGUGGAUCGCCACGUUUUGUUCAUCUCGGAUGCACCACGUCCUUCCUUUUUAUUAUCCUUAGGCUAUCUUGGUGACAUAGUAGGUUUCUCCCAGGAAGGUAUACUUAAAAGUUUGGUUCUUCACUAGCAGGAUAGACAAUGAUCAAUUUUUGUAACAGAAAAAUCCACACUGAGAUAGCCCUUUUAUCAUUUCUUUCAGACAUGCCCAGUGGUUCCCUUGGAUUGAAGCCAAUCCAUCCCUUUUUGGAAUCCCUUUAGAACUGUAGCAUGAGUUGCUGGGUUACUUUGUGAUCCAGUUUCUUCGUGGUAUUUACCCACAUUAUGAACUCGCAUUAUGGGUGUGUCAGAUUUUCCCCAUGUUGAGGUAUAUGAAGAACCACACUAAUAUAAAGCUGACCUUUAUUAUUGUCACACGUGCUUAAGACCUGGUUGGUGAAAUUGAAGCUUCUGAGCUGACAGGGGCAUCUUUGUCCCCACCCAGGUCCUCAGUUGCUCAUUUGACACCCAGUUCAGUACUCUACGAGCAUCUAAUUGCAGCAUAUUUGUGCUAACCAUAGACAAGGAGCCAGCUAAUAUGUUGAACAAAAUACUGUUGUAUUAUUGCAGGUUGCCUCAUGAGCUACAAUGUCAUUGGUAAUAUUCUGAAGUGUCUCAGCAUUUUGGUGCUUAGGGCUAUCUGUGCUGCUUGCUGGCAUACCCUAUACACUUUUCCUUGAUCCUGGUGUUCCUGGCUGACUAUUAUCCUUUUUUUCCUCCAAGGAACUUAACUGAUCCUCGAAGUCUGCUGUUUUAAGGGUGCUCACAGUGGCCAGUCCUGAUGCAUCGCCUGCUCAUGCGAAUUGUACCAACCCUCUCUUCCUCCUCCUCAAAAUAUAUAUGUUAGAAAUUAUAAGUGAGAAAGGAAAGAUCACUUUUGAUGGGGUUGUACUUGGCCCCCUGAUAGUAAGAUAGAAAACGAGAAACAAAUAUAUAGGGAGAUCUCAAUUUUAUGUAAACAUAAUAAGUUGAAAUAAUGGGGGAUUUUUAAUAUUCCAGGCAUUGACUAGGACAGCCAUAGUGUUAAAGUAACUAAGAAUGUGACAAGUGUGUAAAUGAAAUUUUCUUUAUCAAUAUUUGGAUGCUGCUAGUAGAGAAGGAACAAAAUUUAGACCUUUUGGGCAGUAACGCAAGGCAAAUGACUAUAGUAAAAAUGAACACUUUGGGUCUAGCAAACAUAAUUCUAUUAAUUUCAAAAUGGUUAUGGAAGAGGAUAAACCUUGCAUAAAAUUAAAAGUUUUUAAUUGGAAUAAAGCAUGUUUUAAUGAUUUGAGACAAGAACGUUCUCAAAAGUUGAUUGGAGUAGAUUGUUCGCAGAGAAUAGGAUGUCUGACAAGUAGGAGGUGUGAGUUCAGCAUGUUAGAGAGAAGGAUAAGGCUGGUAAGAUUAAGGAACAAUGAAUGAGCAAAGAUAUUGAGAUUCUAGUUGAGAAUAAAAGAGAAUCUUAUUUCAAGUGUAGCAAACUUGGCUCAAUUGAAUCUGUUAAUAUGAGGAGUGCAGGGGCAUUCUUAAGAGAGAAAUCAGGAAGGCAAAGAGGGAAUAUGAGAUAACUUAAUCUACCAAUGCUAAGGAUAAUCCAAAGAGAUUGUACAACUACAGUAAGAACAAGAGGGUAACUAGAAAGAGAGUAGGGCCUCUUAAAGAUCAAGGAGAUUGUCUUUGUGUUGAACUCCAGGAGAUUGGAGACAUACUAAAUGAAUAUUUUGCAUUGUUUUUGCUGUGGAGAAAGAAAUAGACAGUGCAGAGAAAUAAACAUUGAAUUUUGAAGAAUAGCUUGCAUUACAGAAGAGAACAUUGGGGAGAUCUUAGGGAAUAUGAAAGUGGAUAAAUCUCCAGGACCUGAUUGCAUGUAUCCCAGAACUUUAAGGAAGAAAAUUAUGCCUUGCAGAGAUAUUUGUAUCAUCUAUAACUACGGUUCAGGUCGAGAGUUUGGUGUUGGAAAAGUGCAGCGGGUCAGGCAGCAUCCACGGAGCAGGAAAAUCAAUGUUCCGGGCAAAAGUGGUGAGGUGCCUGAUGACUGGAGAGUGGCUAAUGUUGUUCAUUUGUUUAAGAAAGGCUUUAAGGUGAAACUGGAGAACUAUAGACCUGAGAGUCUGACUUCAUUUGUGGGUAAAUCUUUGGAGGUGAUUACAAAAGGUAGGAUUUAUGGAUAUUUAAAGAUGCACAAAUUGAUUAGGGAUAGUGAGCAUGGUUUUAUGUGGGGAAAAUAGUUUCUCACAAACUUGAGGUUUUUGAGGUUGAUAAUGGCAGAGCAGUAGACAUUUAUUUGGAUUUUUGUAAAACCUUUUGCAAGGUUCUGCACGGUAGACUAAUUAGUAAAGUUACAUCACAUGGGAUUGAAGGUAAGCUUGCCAAUCAGAUGCACAAUGGCUUGUUACAAAGUUGAGAGAGUGUAUGGUCACUUGAAGAGAAGUGCUUUUUCUGAGCUGAGAGAUUGUGACAGCAUAUGUCUGUCAUUAGCCAACAAGUGCUGAGAAUUGAUACGUAACCAUCAGUUUGGGUUGUGUUUUGGUGUUGAGGCAACUGGAUUUGAAUUUAACUAAUUGAUUUAAAUUUUCCCAGGAUACCACAAGCCAUUUGAAUUUGAUUGUAUUGAAAACGUCGGAUUAAUGCGAAGGUAUGAAUCUUGGGGACAUAAAACGUCAGGGUAUUUUAAAAUUUAGUCUGAGCUAACUGCCUCCGCAGAAAUAAACAUCAUAAUACUGUAAAAGAAAUCUCUCAAAGGCAUUGUCCAUUAAAGGUACCAAGAAAUUUUAUACAAAGAUGCAGUAAUAAAGAAAGAUCAUAGUAGAUGACCCUGGGAGAAGACAGGGAAUUGGAAAGACAGGAGAAAACGGCAGAAUUGGAAGGAUGAAAGAAAGUAGUGGAUUUGGAACACCAGGAGGAAGACUGCAUAACAGACUGUAUGGACUCUGAGAGCUUAAGGUAAUUUGAUGUUUAAUAAUUGUUAUUGGAUCAGCAUUUUAAUAGAGUUGGGGUCAGAUAGUGAUUUAGUUAAGAAAAAAGGGAGGUUUGGGUUUGUUAAUAGUUUUUGU